AUGGCCUCGGCCGUGUUUGAGGGCACCUCUCUGGUGAACAUGUACGUGAGGGGCUGCUGGGUGAACGGCAUCCGGAGACUCAUCAUCAACCGGCGCGGGGACGAGGAGGAGUUCUUCGAGAUCCGCACCGAGUGGUCGGACAGGAACGUUCUCUACUUGCACCGCAGCUACUCGGACCUGGGCCGCCUCUUCAAGAGGCUGCUGGACUCCUUCCCGGAGGAUCGCCCCGCGCUGUCACAGUCCCCCCUGCUCCAAGGACUAAUCACAAUAAAAGAGGCCCGUGAUAUAGAAGCCAGGCUUAAUGAAGUGGAGAAGCUUCUGAAGAUUAUUAUAAAUAUGCCUUGGAAAUAUUCUAGAUCUGAAGUUGUCCUUACCUUCUUUGAAAGAUCUCCGUUAGAUCAAGUGUUAAAAAAUGACAAUGUCCAUAAAAUUCAACCAAGCUUUCAGAGUCCGGUUAAAAUAUCAGAAAUCAUGCGAUCUAAUGGAUUUUGUUUAGCAAACACUGAAACAAUAGUUAUUGACCACAGUAUAACAAAUGGAAAAGACAAGCACCUGGAUGUAGAUUCAGCAGAGCACUUGUUUGAAACCGUUAGUGAGUUUACUUCAGAGCUAGAAGACACUGAUGAUCCAGCAGCCUAUGUCACCAACUUGACAUAUUACCACCUGGUCCCAUUUGAGACGGAUAUUUUGGACUGAGGCUUUCCAGGGACCCAGUCAGCUAGCAUCCAACUGAUUUCUUUGCUCAUAGACUCUGCUAUCCCCUUGCUCUAUUAUGAAUAAAGCUGUGUGAUUAAAAACAGCAGAGAAGUUGCUGCAGAUAUGCCAUGAAACUGAUUUUGCAGCUUAGCCCUUCAUUGUAACUCAAGGAGGUACCUUGAAAGGAAGUAACUGCUUCAACAAACUCCUUUUUCCCUGAAAGGAAUGUAGCAAGAUCUUUGGGCUUCUUGGAUCCAAGGAAAUCAUUUUGGCAAAGGCCAUGGCAACCACUACACUGACAAAACCAUAAGCGAUCGUGCGGUCGUUUGGCACCAGUGGUCACUGGUAUACAAUGCAACUUGUACAAAAGACUACCCAUAUUAGCAGCUUCCUGUCUUAAAACGUCACCACAAAAUAUCCCCAGAUGUACCGAGUACACUUCCACUCCACCUUUAUAAGAAGACCACCUCUGUUAAGCAAUCAACAUUUGUCAGUCCCUUUAUGUGGUCACUUAAGACAGGCCCCAUAGUUUGCUGUCUGUUCAGCUGUGAGAUGACAGGUGCCUUACGUAUAAUGUUACAAAUAUCAUAGAGUGCCUACAGGAAACCAAUCUGAUUACUUUACCUCUGUUAAUCCUUGGGUGUUGUUUAAUCAUCCGAGAGCUGACUUAUUUCCUUUCCUUUCCUGAAAUAGGAGAGCAAACUGGCAUGGCAAUGGAAAGCUUAUAAUGCUGAGGUACCUUGAAUUACAUCAGAUUUCUGGAAAGCUGAUAGGAAGGCUGAACUGCCUUGCUAAGAAUGGUCAAUGUAUGCCAGGUACCUGGAUCUGGUUUUUCUCUUGGACCAGGAAAUCUGAGCAGUCCUUGCAGUUGUUUACACAAGAUGGAUAAUUACCUUUGCGUAUUACUUUUCAGAGAGUGGGGAGAUUUAAGCCCUGUUGGGACUGAGAAUUAAAGAUAAACUACAGCAUAUCUUACAAGGACAAGAAAAAAGAAACCACCGCAGCUCAGAUAGUCAGCUUAACCCACUCCCCUAGACCUAAUGGGCCUGAUUAUGAUCUUGCCUACACUGGUUUCAUAUCAAUAAAAUUCUAUUCACCUCAGUGGAGUUACUCCAGUGUAAGAGAGAGCAGAAUCAGACCCCAAAGGCUCUUUACUACUGAGUAGUGCAACAUUAACCUCUCUUAGACCUCAAUCUUGUAAAUUGCUGAGCACCCUGAGCUCCCCAAUAUGAGCUCAACACCCUGCAUGAUCAGGCCCUGACCUUUCAUCAAGCAUUUAGUGUAGUAAUGGCCAGAAUUAAUUUAAAGCAAUAUGAACUGAGAAGAGUGCAUUUUGAGCUGGUUAUCUGCACAAUGGCUUUGCCUUGGUCCUGAAGAACUUGGCACAGCUCCUCCCCUGUAUACUCUUCAGUGCUCUGUGUAUAAUAACAGUAAACAGAAUUUGCUAAUGUACAUAAUAAAUUAUUGAGAAUCCUAAUUCCUUUACACAGUAUGUUUUUAAAAUAUAUAUUUAAUGAAAUAAAAUUACUCGCCUUAAGUAUGAUAGCUUCCA